ACGUCGAGAAAGAGAGAGAAAGAAAGGAAGAAAGAGGAGGUAGAGAGAGCUAGAGAGCUGUCAACUUGCAACUUGACCCGGAGGAGAAGUACAUCGGCCAUUUUGGGAUAAGCAGAAGGGGGCUUUUCUGUCACCACGUGAGGGAGGAGGGAGAGUCCGAAAAGGGGAGCGGAGGAAAAAGAAAGCAGCGAGCCGAGAGGAGCAGAAACGAGGGGGCUAAAGCCGGCGAGCCGCAGCUGAUCUACAGCCUAUCCACACCCGCAGUCGUCUCACAUGUGCUGAAGAGGGGGGAAACGAUGCCGACCGUCACCCUACCGCCUAAAGAAAACGCUCUGUUUAAGAGGAUUUUGAGAUGCUAUGAGCACAAGCAGUACAGAAAUGGGCUGAAAUUCUGCAAACAGAUCCUGUCCAACCCUAAAUUCGCUGAGCAUGGAGAGACGCUGGCGAUGAAGGGGCUGACGCUCAACUGUCUGGGGAAGAAAGAAGAGGCCUAUGAACUUGUUCGUCGAGGGCUCCGAAAUGACCUGAAGAGCCAUGUCUGCUGGCACGUGUACGGUCUGCUGCAGCGCUCGGAUAAGAAGUACGACGAGGCCAUUAAGUGCUACAGAAACGCUCUGAAAUGGGACAAAGACAACCUGCAGAUCCUCAGAGACCUCUCUCUUCUGCAGAUCCAAAUGAGGGACCUGGAGGGCUACAGGGAGACCCGGUACCAGCUGCUGCAGCUGCGGCCGGCUCAGCGGGCAUCUUGGAUCGGUUAUGCCAUCGCGUACCACCUACUGGAGGACUACGAGAUGGCAGCAAAAAUCAUCGAAGAGUUCCGGAAAACACAACAGACAUCGCCAGAUAAGGUGGAUUACGAGUACAGUGAGUUGCUGCUGUAUCAGAAUCAGGUGCUGAGGGAGGCGGGGCUUUUCAAAGAGGCGCUGGAGCAUCUCACCACCUACGAGAAACAAAUCUGCGACAAGUUGGCUGUGGAGGAAACUAGAGGGGAGCUGCUGCUGAACCUGGGUCGCUUUGAGGAAGCUGCAGACGUGUACAGGAGGCUUCAGGAGAGAAACCCAGAGAACUGGUCCUACUACCAUGGUCUGGAAAAGGCCUACAAACCUGGUACUCUCAUCUACGCCACAACAGAGGAAAAGCUGAAGAUCUAUGAGGAAGCCUGGGCCAAAUACCCCAAAGGUCUGGUGCCUCGCCGGCUACCCCUCAAUUUCUUGACUGGUGAGAAGUUUCGGGAAUGUCUUGAUAAGUACUUACGAAUGAACUUCAGCAAAGGCUGCCCUCCAGUCUUCACUACACUCAAACCCCUCUAUCUGGACAAAGACAAGGUGGCAAUAAUUGAGGAGUUGGUUGUAGGAUUUGAAACGUCAUUAAAUAGUUGCCGAAUGUUUAAUCAAAAUGAUGAUGGGAAGGAGGAGCCGCCCACCACGUUACUCUGGGUGCAGUACUUCCUGGCGCAGCACUAUGAUCAGAUUGGUCAGCAGACGCUGGCUCUAGAGUACAUCAACGCCGCAAUAGAAAGCACGCCGACUCUCAUCGAACUCUUCCUAGUGAAAGCCAAGAUAUAUAAGCAUGCUGGGAACAUCCGGGAAGCAGCGCGCUGGAUGGAUGAGGCGCAGGCGUUGGAUACUGCUGACCGCUUUAUUAACUCCAAAUGCGCCAAGUACCUGCUUAAAGCAGGCCUGGUCAAAGAGGCUGAGGAGAUGUGUUCCAAGUUCACACGAGAGGGAGCAUCUGCUGUAGAGAAUCUGAACGAGAUGCAGUGCAUGUGGUUCCAGACGGAAUGUGCACUGGCAUAUAAUUCAAUGAAAAAAUACGGCGAUGCCCUCAAGAAAUGCCACGAGAUUGAGAGGCACUUUGUGGAGAUAACAGACGAUCAGUUUGACUUCCACACGUACUGCAUGCGGAAGAUGACUCUUCGCUCCUACGUAGACCUGUUAAAGCUGGAGGAUGUGUUACGCAUGCAUCCAUUCUACUACAAAGCUUCAAGCACCGCCAUUCAAAUCUACCUCAACCUGCACGACAACCCACUCACUGACGACAGCAAGGAGCUACAGGCUGACACUGGGAAUCUGUCGGACAAGGAGCUUAAGAAACUGCGGAAUAAGCAGCGACGAGCGCAGAAGAAAGCUCAGCUAGAGGAAGAAAAGAAGAAUGCAGAGAAGGAGAAACAGCUCAAGAACCAGAAGAAGAAGAAGGAGGAUGAUGAUGAGGAGAUUGGGGGACCCAAAGAGGAACUCAUACCAGAAAAACUGGCUAAAGCGGAAAACCCGUUAGAUGAGGCUUUGAAGUUCCUGCUUCCAUUAAAAACUUUGGUAAAGAACAAGAUAGAUACGCACCUCCUGGCCUUUGAGAUCUACUUUAGAAAAGAAAAGUUCUUGUUAAUGUUGCAGUCAGUAAAGAGGGCCUAUGCUAUAGACCCAGAUAACCCAUGGCUUCACCAAUGUCUUGUGCGCUUCUUCAAAAGAGUAUCGGAAGCUAAAGACUUGGCGGAACCGGUCCGCACAGUUCUGAAGCAGGAAAUCUCUCGGUUGUUUGGGGACAGCAAUGCCAAGAGCUUCAACCAGGCUUUCCUCAGCAAGCACUCUGACUCUAUUCCCCACCGAUUAGCAGCUGCCAAAAUCAUGUUCUACUUAGACCCUUCAUUACAGAAGAAGGCAUUGGAACUUGCUACAGCACUGGACGAAUCACUUAAUAACCGGAGCAUUCAGAUCUGUACAGAAGUGUUGGAAUGCCUGCGCGACGGCAGCCUCGGAGAAGCCACGGAACCAGCCGAAAUGUACCGAGCGGAGUGUCAUAAGAUUUAUCCGUACACACUGGCCUUCAUGCCCCCAGGCUACGAGGAGAACAUGAAGAUCGCCGUCAACGGUGACAUCUCCACAGAAACGGAAGAGCUAGCCAAUGACAUGUGAACACCUAAAAGGGGGUGGGUUCAGGGAGGAGGGGACAGAGAACAGGAGGUGGGGCAACGGCGCCAUUUUUAAAAUCACCCGAGAAGGUUGCCUUCGACGGCUGGUUUCUGUGCUGAACUUCCGGUUCUCCCCCACUGCCCGAGAUCACAAUCAGGACCGAGAGACGAUGAUGCUGCCUGUGGGGGGAGGAAAAGAAGAAUAAAAUGGCCAUUUUACUUUUUUAACCUUGCUGAUGACUACUCUCUAACUGAACACAUAGACCACACACAAACACCCUGUUGUGAAGCGUGUCUGAAGGCAGCGAGCUGCAACUCGUUAAUUAACUGUGCAGAGGACAAGGCAAUCCCUAUAGUCAACAACCAACCAACCAAACCCAUCUUACCCCCUCUCUGUUUUAAAGAGUAAUUUAUAUGAGAAAUAAAAACGGCAUAAAACGA